ACUUCAGAUCUCUUACCCUGCCAGGUGAGGUGUUCGAAUCCAGCACGGCUGAAUCGUCUCCAGCCCCGUCAACCAACGGGGCGUCUAAGGAGAACAUGGUGACCCCCACUCCCAACCGGCCCAGAACCACAGAGGACCUCUUUGCUGCCAUUCACAGGUCGAAGCGCAAGGUUCUGGGUCGCAAGGAGUCUGAGGAGGACAAGUCCCAAGCUGGUCCCCACCAGCAGUCUCCACCCGCCACCCCUACAGCCACGUCUCCGGGGAGCGUGUCCUCUUUGUCCCGGCAGACGGGCUCUAUCCAACGCAACCUCCGGAAGUCAGCUACCAGCAGCGACACUUUCAAGGCCCUUCUCCUCAAGAAGGGCAGCCGCUCUGAGACCAGCUUCAGGAUGUCUGCUACUGAGAUGCUCCGCUCCACUGACCCUCGCUCACAGCGAACGCGGUCUGAGUCAGCGUUAGACCCCCCUGCAGCUUCGCCCUCCUCCCCGACGACACCACUCAGCCCCUGCGCCUCCCCCGGCCGCAGUAAACGGGCAGCGGACGAGUGGAACCGCUACGAGGCCCUGGCUCUGUCCUCGCCAACGUCAUCGGCCUUUCCAAUGAGCGGGUUUAAGUACGGGCGCUCUCGCACACCACCCUCUGCUGCCAGCAGCAAGUACAACGCUCGCUGCCGAAUCCUCAGCAGCCCAAUGACAGUUAUCUGCGAGCGUGAGGGGGAGUUGGCUGAGAGCGAGUACGGAGACACGGCAGGAACUCUGUCUGUACCUGCAGUCCAGACUCUCCCUGUGCUCAAAGGCUCCAACGGCACUUUAUCUGAUGAGAGCAGUAGUUAAAGAGCAAGGACCUCCCGUCGAUUCAGGGAACUGAACCCAUUGUAACCAGGUAGGGGGCGUGAGCCAGUAGGAGGCCCUCUAGACACACCCUCCUGAGCCCCACCUCCUCGACGCAGCCUCUGACAGAGUGGACAUGUCGGGUCCUGGUGUAGGAGGUCCGAGGUCGCCCCAUCUGACGGAGCUGAACUUAGUCUGAAGUGGAGAAGUGGUCGUGCUGCAGCUUUUCAAUUCUCCCAUGAUUCUCUCCUUCGUUUGGUUACUCACCCUUUGUGUUAAAAGAAUAGUGUUUCUUUUACGCCUGGUGUUCUUGAUUUGUUUUCUCUCUGUUCUGCUGUUUUAAAUUUUUACUUUACCCUGUCCAUAACACAACAAGCCGUUAGUUUCUUUAAAGGACGAGGUUCAGGUGGCAAACUAAGGUGAAUGGAAGGAACCGAAAAGUCACAAGUUGUUUGCGUAACUUUGCUGCUGUGGUGCUACAUAGCUAGGCAGUUGGAAAGAGUGGAAUGUAAAAGGUGUGCUGGGAGCUCGCCGCGUAGAUUUUCUCAGCUUCUGCUUCUCUCCCAUUGGCUCUAGAAAGUGUCGGAGAGCGCCACGGCCGGCGGAUGUCGGCGUCAGCACGAGAACGUGUGGUACAACAGACGGCUCCACGGUUAAACUUCGGUCACAGUUAGCAGCAGGAUUUUUACUUUGUGCUCUCACGGUUCAGUGGUUUCGUUUGCAGAGCUGGAGUGUAUUUACAAAAAAAGAUCCAGAGAAAGAGCAGAGGGCUCACUGCUGCCCCCUAAUGAGAGGGAGGAAGUGGAGGACAAAGGCUCAACCAAAAACAGCAGAUUUACUCUAUAAAAAGCUCAUAAAACCUCUAUCGAUUAACUUUUAGUUUGUAGAUUUUGCACUGUGCAUAGGUCUUCUCUUUGUUUGUGACUUCAAAAGUAUGUUUUAAAAGAUUGUUUUAAUAAAAACAAGUGAUGUCAA